ACAUGAAGAUAAACAUGGAUGGACUUCAAAUAAAUCUUGAAUCAAGUAGCUUUGAAAUGCCUAUUAAUUUAGAAGAUGUUGCAAGUCCUAUGGAGGGAGUCACAAGUGGGCAUAAAGUGAAACGCAAGAGAAAACUCACUUCAAAGGAAUUUAAUAUUUGUGAAAUUGAAGAGUUAGGUGCCAAUACACAAAAAUCACAAUUGGAGCUUUAUUUAGAGGAGCCAAGGAUGGCUACUGAAAUUGAAUUGAAUGUGCUUGAUUAUUGGAAAGCAAAUCAGUUUUGUUACCCUGAAGUUGCUUCAAUGGCUCGUGAUCUAUUGAGUAUCCCUAUAUCCACCGUUGCUUCUGAAUCUGCUUUUAGCAUUGGUGGACGAGUAUUAGAUCAAUUUCGUAGUUCAUUAAAGCCUAGCACUGUUGAAGCAAUAGUUUGUACAAGAGAUUGGUUAUUUGGGGAAAGAGAUAUUUUUAACCCGAUUAUUAAAUGGGUUGACACGAACACGACCCACGAACACGAAUUGCCAGGUCUAAGAGCUAUGAUGGGCAAGGAGGCAAGCAAUGGUGCUGGUGAGAUGGCUUGA